GGAAGCCUAUGGUGGUAGAAUUUUUCAGCAGAUCCCAAGAGCAGUGGAAUUCACAAGACUUUUAAACAAAAUUAUCCCCCUUAAGCUGGACACAUAAUCACAAAGUCAGCAGAAGUUUUUAUUCAUUACUGUCCAAAAAUGGACAAGCAGGGAUUGUCUUUAUUUGAUUUGUCACAGAAUGACCAUCAAACACACCCUUCAGAGGACAGCACUUUCCCCACUAGUGAACCUGUGGGUGAAAGUGACAAGAAUGUGGACCGAGGCAACUGGUCCUCGAAGACCGACUACCUGCUCUCAAUGAUCGGCUGCGCUGUGGGUCUGGGCAACGUCUGGAGAUUCCCUUACCUGGCAUACAGGAAUGGAGGAGGAGCUUUUCUUAUUCCCUACACACUCAUGCUGGUACUUAUUGCAAUGCCGAUGUUUUUCUUGGAAACUUCCUUUGGGCAAUUUGCCAGCCUUGGACCUGUUGCAGUGUGGAAAGCUGUGCCAAUGCUACAAGGUGUGGGAAUUACUAUGGUCCUCUUCAGCACAAUUAUUGAUAUCACCUACAAUUGCAUCAUUGGCUACAGCCUGUUCUACCUGUUUGCCUCCUUCCAGUCCCCACUGCCGUGGGCAGACUGCUUCAGCUGGUGGGGUGCAGACGAAACCUGCAGCAGGACACCCAGAGGUCCACUCUGCAAUCUCACUUUGGAUGAUGGGUAUUCUGAAAUCGUGAAUACAACCUGGCUGAACACAAACAACAAAACUUGUUCAAAUGGAUCAGAAAUCCACGUUCCUCACCAGGGCCCAAGUGAGCAAUACUGGGAAAAAUUGGUUUUACGGCGUUCAAGUUCAUUGGAUGAGACAGGGGAGAUAGUCUGGUACUUAGCCCUCUGUCUGCUUCUGGCCUGGCUGAUUGUUUGCGGAGCACUUUCCAAAGGAAUCAAAUCUUCAGGAAAGGUGGUUUAUUUCACUGCAAUGUUCCCAUAUAUAGUUCUGACCAUACUUCUGAUCAGAGGACUGACCCUGGAGGGAGCCCAUAAAGGGAUUGAAUUCUACAUUGGAAGCCAAUCAGAUUUCUCAAAGCUGUCUGAUGCUGAGAGAUCUGAAGAAAAUCCAGCUGAAUGCAUAGUGAAGGAGCUCGAUGGUCACAGUCUUUUUCCCAGGACAGGGGAAUCUAAAAUUAGAGGUCCUCGGUGUAAGGUCUGGAAAGAUGCUGCAACACAAAUAUUCUAUUCUCUUGCAAUUGGCUGGGGCAGUUUAAUAACCUUGUCAUCCUACAACAAAUUCCACAACAACUGUUACAGAGACACCAUCACUAUCUGCCUCAUUAACUGUGCUACAAGUGUGUUUGCCGGAUUUGUCAUUUUCUCCAUCCUUGGACACAUGGCUCACAUACAAGGCAAACCUGUUUCAGAGGUUGCUCAGUCAGGUUUUGGUUUGGCUUUCAUUGUGUAUCCAGAGGCUCUUGCACAGCUACCAUGGGCACCUCUAUGGUCCACUUUGUUUUUCUUCAUGUUGAUUACUCUGGGACUCAGCAGUCAGUGUGUUGCCGUAGAAGUAGUAAUAACAACUCUUCUGGACCAGUUCCCUGGAUUUCUGCGACCAAGGCGUCCAUUUCUCACAGCUACCGUUUGCCUGUCUUUUUAUUUCGUCAGCCUUACUUGUGUAACACAGGCUGGAAUUUACUGGAUAAACUUAAUUGAUCAUUUUUGUGCUGGAUGGGGUGUUCUUGUCACUGCCAAUCUGGAGCUUAUCAGUAUAAACUGGAUAUAUGGGGUAAACAGAUUCAUCAAGGACAUUGAGAUGAUGAUUGGGGAAAGGACCUGGCUCUUCUGGCUGUGGUGGAGAGUGUGUUGGUCUUUUAUCUCACCAUGCUUGAUGACAGCAAUCGCAGUCUGGUCUGUAGCAACAUUUGCCCCACCAACAUACGGAGCAAUUGAGUACCCUGUCUGGGCAACGAUACUCGGCUGGUGUAUGGUAGUCUUCUGUAUGAUGUGGAUCCCCAUCAUUGCCAUUAAGAGAAUUGCCCAAACAGAGGGCUCCACUUUGUGGCAGAAAAUUUCUGCCAUUUGCACGUCAGCUCCUGACUGGGGUCCAUUCUUGGAACAACACAGAGGUGAAAGAUACAGGAACAAGCCUGAUUCUGCAGAAGUUCCUAACAGUGUGCGACUCCUAGAGUCAUAGAGACAUGCAAGAUGGAAACAGGCCCUUCAGCCCAACUCGUCCAUGCAAACUGUGUUGCCCAAUGUCCCAGUUGUCCCUGAGAUAUAAGAGUUUAAAGUAAAUUUCUGUUUAAUCGUAAACAAUUCCCUGGAAGUCUACAAUUUAUUCCCACUGAAACAUCAGUGAGAGUUGUCCUGAACAACCAGCACUGCUGACUUGGUUUAUCUCCCUGUCUCAUAUUUCAUACUUUACUGUCAUAUUUCUUUUCAGCAGUGAAGGAGGCCAGUUGGCUGCCCAUUCUACAUUGGCUGUCAGUGCACUCUCAUUCCCCUGCUUAUUUCCGUGUAACUUACUCUCUCACACAUGCCUAUUAACACCCGCCUGAUUCUCUGACUACCCACCCACACUACGAAUUAAGUCAGCCACAUCUCUCGGCCCAGGUAUACAUCCCCACUUGGACUUGGGGGAGAGAUAUGUGGGGGAGAGGGGUGGGGGUGUAUACCUG